AUGGAGCCCGCACCACAACAGGAGUGGAUUGGCCUUCAGUUGGGUGGGCUCCAAGCUGGAUUCGGCCUUCAAACAUCGCGGACGUCCGAAAGUCUCAAUCAAAUCGACCAAGUCCGUGCUAACGGAGUCGGAGACCAUAUCGCCCUGCCACAGCUGGUGGUCUGCGGAGACCAGUCCGCAGGAAAGAGCUCCGUGCUCGAACGUAUCACUGGCAUCCCCUUUCCCCGACAGGACGGCCUCUGCACCCGAUUCCCAACAGAAAUAAUCAUUCGCCAUGACCCAGCCCAGAGCCAGGCUACAGCGACCAUAAUACCACACCACUCGGGGGCGAAAGUACCUUAUGGGUAUUCGGGUAUUCGGGGCCAUGCUACGCAAUCGGAAGAUGCGCCCGCUUUCUCGAAGGAUGUUCUCCGGUUGGAAAUAGUGGGAAAUACCCGUCUUCAUCUAACGAUUGUCGAUCUCCCGGGCUUGAUCUCCGUCUCUGAGAACGAACACGAUGUCCAGCUAGUCCAUGAUCUCGUGGAUACAUAUCUGGAAAGCUCCCGGACGAUUAUCUUGGCAGUGGUGCCUGCGAGCAGUGACGUGGACACACAGGGGAUUAUCCAGCGUGCCCGUCGCUUUGAUCGAGACGGUGAUCGGACUGUUGGUAUCAUCACGAAGCCCGAUUUGAUCAAUCAGGGCACCGAGUCCCGUGUUGCGCGGUUGGCCAAGAAUAUAGAUAAAACCAAGCUGAAGCUGGGGUUCUUCCUGCUGAAAAAUCCAUCGCCAGCGCAGUUGGAACAAGGAAUCAGUCUCGCGGAGCAUCAUAGAGCAGAGAUCGACUUCUUCUCCAGUGGGCUAUGGAAGAGAGAGGCACUGGACCGGUCAAGGAUCGGAGUCGAGAAGCUGCGUUCCUUUUUGCAGGAUCUACUGGACAGCCAUAUCGAAGGGGAGCUACCAAAAGUACGUGAGGACAUCCGUUCUCUUCUAAGGACAGUGGAUGAUGAGCUUGCGGAUAUUGGAACGGAGCGGUCCUCUCCAGACCAAAUUCGACUGUAUCUGAUGCGGAUAAGCAAUGACUUCCACACUCUCGUAAGAGCUGGCCUUGAAGGGGCAUAUUCGGACAUUUUCUUCCAGGCCCAUGACGACGAGGAGGAUCUGACUCUUCGUCUUCGGGCGGCGGUUCACAAGGUGAAUCAAAAUUUUGCUGACUAUAUGCGACAAUAUGGUCGGAAGCACCGGAUAGUGGCUGAUAUGUGCGAUGGUCCUCCUGCGGCGGUUGGGGAUCAGUCAGAGUCGGAUGAGGAGCAGUCAGAGCCACCUGCAGGUCCUCGUGCGGAGGUUGAAGAUCAGUCAGAAUCAGAUGAGGAUCAAUCGGAGGAUCAUUGUCAGGAAGGACAGGUGCUGGUCACAGAGGGGGAGAUGAGUGCCUGGGUGCAGAAGGUCUACAACCAGACGAGAGGACAAGAGCUGCCCGGAAGUCACAAUCUAAAGACCUGA